GCUUCGAAUAUCACACAGACCAACCACAUCAGCAAUGCGACAACUACCCGCGCUGCCUCUGAAAGCAAGCAAUCUGCUCACACUGCUGCUGCUGACGGCGACAAUGCUGCAGGCGCGUCGCAUCUCCAGCCGACGACUCGUUAUCCACGUGCCCGUCAAGGUGAAGACGCAUCAUCACACCCACACGGUCUACAAGGUGUUGCGCGGCGCUGCAGGAGGCGGCGGCGGGAGCGGGGGCGGCGGCAUCAAGCAGACGGUCUACAAAGUCGUGGGCUUCUCCGGCGAAGGUGGCGGCGGGGGCGGUAGCGGUCACGGCGAUAUGGGGCAUGGCAGUCACAGUCACAGUCCAGGUCACAGUUACGGUCACAGUCACAGUCACAGUCACGGCUUGGGCUUGGGCUUGGGCUUGGGCAUGGGCAUGGGCAUGGGCGAGAUCACGUAUGAGGACAAGCAUGGCUGUGAGAGCGGCAAGCUGAUGCCAUCGCAUCGGGACAUGUUGUUCAAUCAUUAUGCGCGCCACGACCAGGAGCAGGCGGAGAACGGCGACUAUGCGGAGGAGCGGGACGAGUUCAUUGAUGUCAGGGAUGCCUGGUUGUGAAUAAAGUCGUGUGAAAAACGUUGCCGAUUAAUUAUAAAAUUCCAGCAGCCAAAGAAAUUAUACUCAAACUAUCAACUGAGAGAAAGAGAGAUAGAGAGAGUGAGAGAGAGAGGGAGAGGGAGAGAGAUGAAGAGAGAAGGUCGCUGAAUUUGCAUGCGGCUCAAAGUAAUUACAAAAUUGUUGAAGUCAUGUAGACAUCCUCGCCCAUGUCCGACUGCUACUGCGCCU